AAAUCAAUAAAAUAGUAUUAAUAAAUAAAUAAAAAUAUAAAUAUUGCAUCGACUAAAUAAAAUUAGAAAUGGGCAACAAAUCCACAAAACCCGAAUUAACACCCGACGAACAGUGGAUGGAGGGAAAACACCCAGGUGCAGGUCAAAUAAGUGCAGAUAGAUGGAGAAAUGCUACAGGUGCUCCAGGACUUAUUGGGCCUGAAGCUGGCCCGGGUCCGAGGAGAGUACACAGGUAACGGGGCGGACGGGGAGGCUUUAAGAGGCGAUGAUUUAAUUCAGGCAUUAAACCCAGUUUAUGAGAGGAUAAGAACCAUUCUGGCACCUAGGCCAGAUUAUGGAAAAAUAGGAGAAACAAAGCAAAAUGAAAACGAGUCUGCCUCUGACUUCCUGGAUAGACUACGGCCAGUUUUCAGACAAAACUCAGGUCUAGAAUAUGAUGAGGGCGUGAACACCCCUUUCGAACAACAGUUAAAAAACGCGUUUCUAAAAGGCCUCCUCCCAAAAGUCCGCGCCCACGUAGAUAAACACUGGGUCACUCAAAAUACUGGAAGCUUAGCUGAUGCCCUACAGCAUGCAGAGCACGCAGUAAAAGUGCAGAAAAACAAAGCAGCACAAACCGGAGUUUUUGUAGUAACAACAGAGGGAGGCAUCGUCGCUUAUGCGGGGAAAAAUCCACAGCAAAGAGGGAAAGGUAGGAAACAAAACACAGGCGAUAAAGAAAGGCACAAAAGGUGCUAUAACUGCGACAAAGAAGGUCAUUUUGCUAGAGAUUGUAGGAACAAGCCUAGAGACCGAAGAGAUAGACGCGACCGCAGAGAAGGCAGAGACAGAGAUAGAUAUGAGCGCUCAGAUAGACGAGAUAGGCAGGACAGCGAAGAGGAGGAAGACAGUGGAGAAAUGUGACUAGACUC